UUUAUUAUUGACGGUGGUGAUGAAAGGGUCAGUGCUUAACAUUAAGGACAGUUUAUUUGCAUAUAUUGGAAAUAUUAGCUGUAUGUAGAUUACAAGUUUGUUGAUAAGUCCUUUUAAAAUAUUUAAAGAAAAACAUACAUGUAGGAGGCCGCCAUGUUGGGCCACUAUAUUAACCUCAUUAUUUCAUGAAGCUCUAAAAAGAUCUUAAUGAAUACAAACAUACAUUGGGUGGGUGCAGUAUCACCUCUAUCCAGCAGGAGCUGGCAGGAGAAAAAUGGCUCAGUCAUUAAGAAAUUGCUAAUUUCUAUUGUAAAAUACUUAGGCUAAUUAAAGUUAGCUGUAUCAGCAAAUCAAUAGGAGUUUGUUUGUUGUUGUAGUUGGUUUGCAAUGCAGUUUCCUCCUGGUGAUUUUUUAUUGUUGUUUUGUUUUCUGGUUAGCAGCUGCCAUCUUCUUUUGCUUGCUUUAUUUAGAAUGUCAAAAUGUUUUCUUAAAUAUCAUUAGCCUGAUUCAAUUUUUAGUCUGCUUUCCCAAGUAGACGAUAAAACGUGGGGAUAAAGACCCUAAAAUUCAUAGCUAGUGCUGUCCUAUAGAAACUGGCUUGUUGCAAGUGUGCUAGUUUUUAAGAUUGGUGUAGGUCAAUGCAAGUAGUUGCUUUAAGGUUCUAAACAUGUUUUGUAUACACAUUUAUUUUCUGAUAGUCUUUAUUGUCACUGUAACAUGGGGGUACAACAAAAUUGAGGACUGCAAAAGCAUACUAUAAAAACAAUAGUAUGCAGCAUAAACUGCAUAGACCUCGUGGAUAACCAGUGAAAAAGAAAGUGGAAGUGAGGUGAUGGUUGUGGGAGAGUGCUUUUGCAUUCUUUGUUAUAUGUAACAAUCAAUGUAAUCGUCUAACGCGCAUGGGGAAGGGAGGGGUGAGGAGAUCUGGCGAUAUCUGUUGCACUCUGUGGUCUUACCGAUAGAUGUCAUUAAUUACUAGUGACUUGACUUUCAAUGGGACGACAGCAGUGGUUUUGAAGUUUCCGAGUUUUAGGUCUGUCAGCAAUUUAUUAAUUCACAAAAUCAUAAUAGUUGAGAUGAUAGGGAACCCCUUAGUGCUCAUUGCCGAGGAGCUACUGUGGAGGGAGGGAGGUGGUGGUGACGCCUGGCUGGUGCGCACAGGCAGAGGGGAAAAAAGACUUGACUUUCAAGGGACAGGCAGAGUCUGCAAGACAGGAAACGGCAAAAAUCCACCGUCGGUUGAUUUUAAAGUUGUAGUUACACUAUCUCACAGCAAAAAAGGAGGGCUGUGACUGAAGGAGUACGACGAGCCUGUGAAUAUUCCAGGGGCCGCUGGACCAGGCUUUCGCGCAUGUAGAGAGAGGAGUUGAGGGGAGGAGGGGUGAGUGGGUGACUACGUUUCACAGGAUCCAGGCCUAGUAGUGCUGCCUCCGGGACUCUCCUCAUCCGCUCUCACAAAUUUAGAAAUUAGGCCAUUUAAACGGCAAAGUGAGGAAGAUGAAGGUGAGGUUCGCUUUCUACCACACGGGAAUGGAAGACACUAUGUCAGCAUGAGUGGGCCUCAUGUAGGCCCUAAAAGGGACAGUCAUCAGCCCACCUGUCCUUUGAACUCUGGAUGUGACCUCUCCACCCCCUCUUUGUCCUCCAGACAGCAGGGCAACAGGACCAGUGCAAUCAUGUCUGCUGCCACCUCAUCCCUCAAGCAUGCUUCUGUGUAUGGGUUUUCACAAAGGGACCACCCGUCCUCCUCUUCUUCCAACUACAGUCCUCUGAGAAGGUUACAGCAUCUCACCACCAUGGUCAGUCAGCCUGACCUGGUUCUGCCAGUGAGAGAGCCUAAAAGAACCUGGGAUUGGGAGGCACCUAAGAAGCAGAAGGGGCAGGAAAUAUAUAAAGACUCUUGGACUGAUUUUACUAGCAGGAAAUAUUGUGAAACCCUUUAUACAAAUAAGGAGGAGAGUCCUGGUAAAAGUCCUGCCGGGCAGAAACAACCUGAGGUCCCAACACGAAGUACAGAUCCACCAACAGGCAAACAGAGUAAUCAUGUUCCUUCAAAGAAAAACACAGAAGGUAACUCCUCUGGCCCACCAAGCCCCGCUUUCUCUCUCGAUAGCAACAGUCCUUUUGCUAAUGGCCUUCUUCAUUUUGAAUCCGCUUUAUUUGAGGAUGAUGAUGCUGAUCAAGUUCGAGAGACAGUGUCACCUAUUGAAGGCUUACGGGACAUUCAUGAGAAUAAAGGGGAUGUUCCUCAGGCAGCUUCUGGAGACUUAAACUUGAACUCCAAGGAUGUUUCCCUGUCAUCAGCGAAGGUAGUCACACGGUCCCAGUCCUCAGGUCAACGCCGGAGAUACUGGGAUGGCUCAGAGGACGAGUGGGACAGUGACACCGAUCUCUUCAUGUUUGUGGAUAGUCCCUCAAGGCAAUCAUGGCAGGACAUCAUGAAGAAAAAUUCAUUGCCACCGCUGAAGUUUUUAGAGGGUGAAAUUAUUUGGGCAAAGUACGGGCGGAGACCAUGGUGGCCCUGUGAGGUGAUGGUUGACCCUGUGCAGGGAAUCUAUCACAAAGUGAAAGAGCCAAGUGAUCGGCCUUGUCGGCUGUACCAUGUCAGGACCUUUGGUCAUCCUAUGGAGCUGGUCUGGGUGGAGGAUAAAUCAACUCGCACUUUUUAUGGAGGUUAUGAAUUUGAUCAACUUGUCCGACGAAGAGGAAAGGGAAAGGAGAAGAACAAUAAAAACAUGAUUCCAAAGCGUUUGCAGGACUCAUGGAACUCUGGUGUCACAGAGGCUGAAUCUCUGCUCUCAGAAAGACCCAAAAUGGCUUCAGGUGUAUCUCCAUAUACAUACGAUGACUUCCAAUACAGUUUCGCUCAGGAGGGAGAUAACAAGGCUAGGUCAUCUUUCUCUCUAUCCACUUCAGAAGCCGCUGUCGAGCCUGAAGCGUCUCAAGCUCUAAAUGGAACUCUUUCAUCGUCAUUACCAACUUUAGAAAAGCCAAGCACUUUACAGAAACCUGAUGAAAAGAAGAAACAAAAUAACUUGACAAAAGACUUGAAUAGUAAGGAGUCUAAAAAGAUGUUUACGUGUAGCCCCGACGGAUCAGAUAGAGACAAUGAGGAGUGCCCGUACUCUGAUCUUGACUCGAUUCCUAUUUUGUGUUCUAAAGCACUUGAACGUCAGCCGAAGGCUGUCUCAAAUCAGACAUCUGCUUCAAGUGUCAAAGAGGUGAGAAAACAGCCAGAAAACCAAAGUGGUCUUUGGUUUAGUAAAUCAGGUAAAGAAAGGAGACAAAAAACAUCAACUUCAGUGCCAGAUCGCACCUUAUUUAGUAAAGCCUCAUGUAAGAAAAAGAACCAAGCAAUUGCUCCUAAAAAAGUGGUCACGAGUGUCUCAGGCAGUGUAGUGAGUGAAAAGCCAGGGUUGUCAGACAGAACUAAGCCUCUGAUAAAUCCUGAAGCAAACUGGCUGCCUGAGCAGUCUGAACAUUGGAGGAAUAAAAACUCAGAUUCCUGUCAUUCUGACUGUACAACUGGUGGUGUUGAGAUUCAGUCAAGCCUUUCAGAGAAGCACAAGAGCUUGGUAACUGAGGAGACCGAUGUGUUCUCUACAAAGUAUACCCAACAGACACCCAAAAAUACAGCCGAUAGUCCCGUUGGUAAGCUGUCUGACCAAUUUGGGGGCUUACAUGUUAAAAAUACUCAAGAAUCUGAUGGAGAAGUUGGUGAUGGCGAUUACGUCAAUUGUUUGGAAAACGCAAAGAGUUCAACUCAAUCUCCUGACAAAGAAAUCAAUAAUGAAGUCAGUGUAGUUUGCAAAAUUUUGAAUCAACCAGAGAAAACUGGAAAUAACAAAACUCCUGCCUCCAGGUUAAAUUCUGCCAAUAAUAGUCACACCAAAAAGAGUGUCCAUCCAUCUAGAACUCCCGACGUGAUAACCACUAACAUAGUCAGUGCAACGGAAAAAAUAUGCAAAAAAACAGAAGAAAAAGAAAACAACAAAACCCCAGUGUCCAGCUCAAAUGCCGCCGCUAGUAUAAAAAGUGUCUUUCCGACUGAAACGCCUGACAACAUUUCUGCACAAAAAAGGAAAAUAGAAAGUAACGAAACUCAUGUUUCCAGUUUAAAUCCCACCGCAAUUGAUAAUAACAGAUGCUCAAAAAGUGUAAAGAGUGUCAGUCCACCUCCCGAUAAGAAAACCAAUAAUCAAGUCAACGCAGCUGCCAAAAUUUCAAGUCGAAAAGAGAAAAUGGAAAAUUUAAAAACUCCAGAGUCUUCUAUAAAUUCUAUCAGCAGUGCUGACCAGUCACUAAUAAUUCAAGAGAAGCAAGCCAGUCUUCUGUCUAAGUGUAGGCAGCCCUUCGUCAAAUUAAUACGCAGAGAUUUAAUGGAUACAAAGGUUCUAAACUCCAGGGAAAAUUCCAUUGACCAAUCUGAAAGGAAAACCAAUGAAAAGCCAUCUGACAGUAAAACAAAUAAAAUAAAACCUCAACAGUCCGAAAAGUUAGAUGUCAAGGCAAAUGUGUCCUUGGAGAAGAUCCUCAUAUCAGAAAGUCUGCAGGUCUCAGUAGUGAAGUUAAAAACUGCUGGGGAGAAUUGUACUUUUAAUCUUCCUUCCCCACAAGGGAAACACACCUCUUCUUCCAAUGUUGCAGGUGUGUCACCAGCAAAGGUAGUGAAUUCAGAAACAGAAAAUUGUCCUAAAAGUGUAACAUGCUCAUCCGUGAAUCAGUCAAACCAGUCAGACAAUAAAGACAUCCAUUCUGAGCAGUCAGAAGUCUUGACUAAAAAACCAUCUACUGACACAAGUACGUCCAAUAUUUCUUCACCUGCUUCUCAAAAUCAAAGUAGAUGUCUAGAAGGAACAAAAGAAAAGGCAAAGGAAACGAGUGAAGACAAAAAUGAUGAAACAAUUCCAGUGGCUACAGUUGUAAUCCCACAAGGACAGACUGACCAUGAAAAACAAAGUGGUUCAGAAUCUAUGAAUGAUGAUAUUUCUGAGGUCCAGAUUCCGGAGAACUCUGAGACCGUUGUUCAAACACAAUCAAAGCAGGUUCUAAGUGAAGUAUAUCAAGUACAGGAGCUGCCCACUCACCUCCCAGCCAGCACUCGUUUGUUGACCAGGGCUCUCAAGGCCAUGCAGGAGAAAAAGGAGAAAGACCAAAAGAGGAUGAAGCAGAAAGAGGAGUUCGAUGUAUUCAGAAAAGCUGAGGACUAUGUGUUUCACUCACACAACUUUACUCGGAGCAUGAAGACCAAACAGAUCUCCAAUGCUAAAUUAAAACACUAUAAAUCUAAGCUUGGUGUAAAUAGUGAGUUAAAUCAGGACACGCAUUCCAGCUGUUGCAGCCUCACUGUAAUGUCCUCAGGUUCGGCUGACUUCGAAGCUGAUGUUAAAAGGGAAGAGGAAGACCACUCGGUUUCCUCGACACCACCCAUGGACUUCAUACCCCUCACUUCUACAGUAAAGGCGAAAAAGGAUGAUUUGUCUGUUAACAAAUGCUCCUCUUCCUCUUCUUCGUCACCGUUCUCCUUCAUGAAUGACUUUAAAAAUGUAAAGGAGAUCACGCUUCAGUCUGUGACAAAUGAGAGAAAUGGUCAACCCAUCUCUUUCAAACCACAUCCAAACUACGAGUUCAGCACUUUUCUGAUGAUGUUAAAAGACCUGCAUGACACCAGAGAGCGAGAAGGUGCUCCAUUAGAACUAAACAUCGGUCCACCCAGUGCCCAUGUUAAGGAGGAGCCCCUUGUGGUGCCUGGCCAGGUGACACCUGCACAGCAGGAGCAAAAUUGUAAUCUCUUUAAUUCAACUUCAAGUCAGGAUAAAAUGUUAACCACGCCAACUAAAGACAGUAAAUGUCAGACAUUGAAGAGGUUCCACAAUCGAAGGAGCGGCUGCACUGGAUGGAAAAGGAGAGCCAAACACAAAGUGCCUUGUGAUCUGGUCAGGUCUGGACCUGGAUUCCCAGGUUUGGAAUCCACCAGAGCUGCAUCUUUACCAAUACCAGACUGUUUGCUUGGAGUGAAUUAUUCAUCACAAGUCCUGUCCUUGAAGGACAUGCAGGUCAGCUGCUGGGAGAAGGAGACAAGAGAUGGUAAAGAAGUGGUUGAAAGGGAAACAGAGGAGGAGAGGUGGCGUAGGGUUAAGGGAAAUCUACAGAACAUGGUGCCUCUGGAAAAGCAUGGAUUCAACACUAUGUUACAUCAGGAGGAUCAAAAUGCUGUUGUAGAUGACCACACAGAGACCAACGAAACAUUAACACGCAUCAGCGCAGGAUGCAACAAAGUAUCUUCAGCACAAAAGCGUUUGAGAAAACCAAGUAAGAGGCUGAUUGAAUGGACAGAGGACUACAAUCAGAUUUUCUCCCCAAGGAAAAAAAUCAAAAAGCCUCUCCAGUCUUCUGACUCUGAAGCUUCUACCUCUGUUCCUGUUGAAACCAAUGGAACCAAUGUACCAAUGGAAACACAUCAGACCACCCAUGAGUUCCAGACCCUCAACUUAGUCCCUGAAAUACAGACGCCACCUCCUGAGGAAACUAGUGCAACAGUGACACCUGAACUGCAAAUUCCUAACACUGAAGACACAUGUCCCCGGGAGACACCUGUGCUGUCCAUCGACACACUAACACCUCCUCCUGAAGCUGAGCCUUCGCUCUCAGAAGGCGUUGUUAAGGAUAACGUUAACGCCCCUGUGCUGGGGAGGAAGCGGAAGAGGAAGCCAACUCAGAAGAUCCUGGAGUACAGUCUGGAAGCAGAAGCUUCAACAGUCCCUAAGAAGAAGGUGCGAGCACUGAAGAAUAGCACAAGUCCUGUUCCUCAGUCAGAUCCAAGACUUCCAACUUUAAAAAUCAGGAACAAGCAGCUUGUGGCAUCCACCUCUGCACCAACAGUUCCAGAGGUUUCCACCACGACCCCGUUGCCCUCUGUUCAGGCAUCCGUCAUCAGUACCACUACAGUAUUGUCUGAACCAGCUCCACAGAAACCCAGUCAGGUGGAGACCUCAUCAGCAGACUUUGACGUCUCUCAGCCAGAGGACACUAAAUCUGAGGAGCUGAAAAAGGACGGAGCCGAUUCAGAGGAGGGUGACUCAUCAACCUUGGAUCACAGUUUCUCCUCGUUGAAAGAGCUCUUCUCUUUAUGUAAUGACCCACAUUUACCGUUGAGGAAGAUCAUUGGAGAUCGAGGAGGCCCAGCUUCCAUGAAGGAGAAUGUAUGUCAGGUGUGUGAAAAGACCGGGGAGCUUCUUCUGUGUGAGGGUCAGUGUUGUGGAGCCUUCCACUUGGCCUGUAUUUCUCUGGCUGUGGCACCUAAGGGGAAGUUCAUAUGCCCUGAAUGCAAAUCAGGCAUCCACACUUGCUUUGUGUGUAAAAAGCGCAGUGAAGAUGUGCGCCGCUGCAUGAUCCCUGUGUGUGGAAAGUUUUACCAUGGUUCUUGCAUCGCCAAUUAUGCCGCAACUGCACCUGUGAACCGAGGCUUCCGCUGCUCCAUCCACGUCUGUCUCACCUGCUUCAUCGCCAAUCCUAACAGCUUGUCCAUAGCUAAAGGCCGUCUGGUGCGAUGUGUGCGCUGCCCUGUUGCCUAUCACGCCACAGAUCUCUGUAUGGCAGCUGGCUGCGUUGUCCUUUCUAACAACAGCAUCAUCUGUCCGAACCACUUCACACCCAGACGUGGCGUCAAGAACCAUGAACACGUCAACGUCAGCUGGUGCUUUGUCUGCACAGAAGGGGGCAGUCUUUUGUGCUGUGAGUCCUGUCCUGCUGCUUUUCACCGGGAGUGUCUGAACAUCGAGAUGCCCAAAGGCAGCUGGUACUGCAACGACUGUAAGGCUGGAAAGAAGCCUCACAUUAAGGACAUUCUGUGGGUAAAAGUUGGCCGUUACAGGUGGUGGCCUGCAGAGGUCAGCCAUCCCAAGACAAUCCCACAGAACAUCCAGAGGAUGAGGCACGAUGUGGGUGAGUUUCCUGUUCACUUCUUUGGCUCCAACGACUACCUGUGGACGUACCAGGCCCGGGUCUUUCCUUACAUGGAUGUUGAUGCCAACAGCAAAGAAAAAAUGGGGAAAGGUGUUGAUGCCACAUACAGAAAAGCUUUGGAAGAGGCAGCUACCAGGUUUCGAGAGCUGCAGACGGAGAAGGAGAUGAGGCAGCUUCAAGAGGACAGGAAGAACGACAGGAAACCUCCUCCAUACAAACACAUCAAGGUCAAUCGACCAAUAGGAAAGGUUCAGAUUCUGACAGCUGACCUCUCUGAGAUCCCCCGCUGCAACUGUAAAGCUUCAGAUGAGAGUCCAUGUGGUCCAGACUCUGAGUGCAUCAACCGCAUGCUGCUGUAUGAAUGUCAUCCGCAGGUCUGCCCAGCAGGAGAACGUUGUCUCAAUCAGGCUUUCAGCAAGCGUCAGUACAGUCAGGUGGAGAUUUUCAGGACACUGUCCCGAGGAUGGGGGCUUCGCUGUGUGCAUGACAUCAAGAAGGGUCAAUUUGUGAGCGAGUAUGUUGGGGAGGUGAUUGACGAGGAGGAGUGCAGAUCCAGGAUCAGACAUGCACAAGAGAACGACAUCUGUAACUUCUACAUGUUAACACUGGAUAAGGACCGGAUUAUUGACGCAGGACCGAAGGGGAACGAGGCUCGAUUCAUGAACCACUGCUGUCAGCCAAACUGUGAAACACAGAAGUGGACAGUGAGUGGAGACACCAGGGUGGGACUGUUCUCGCUGGUUGACGUUGCUGCAGGCACUGAGCUCACCUUCAACUACAACCUGGAGUGUUUGGGGAAUGGAAAGACAGUUUGUAAAUGUGGUGCACCAAACUGCAGCGGCUUCCUGGGAGUUAGGCCAAAGAACAACCCUCCCUCUGACGACAAAGGUCGGAAACUGAAGAGGAGAGGGAAGAGGAAGAGCAAGGCUGUGGUGACCAAAGAACGAGAGGACGAGUGUUUCAGCUGUGGAGACGGAGGACAGAUGGUUUCCUGCAAGAAACCAGGAUGUCCUAAAGUUUACCAUGCUGACUGUCUCAACCUCACCAAACGACCUGCAGGUCGAUGGGAAUGUCCAUGGCACCAGUGCGAUGUGUGUGGUAAGGAGGCAGCAUCUUUUUGUGAGAUGUGUCCAAGUUCCUUCUGCAAUCAGCAUCGUGAAGGCCUGCUCUUCAUCUCCAAGCUGGAUGGCAAGCUCUCGUGCAGUGAACACGACCCCUGUGGACCUGAUCCUCUAGAACCAGGUGAAAUCCGGGAGUACACGGCACCAGAUCCCAGAGCUCUGACCUCAGGACUAGGAAUGGCCGUCAUCCCUUCUGCUCCUUCUAAUAACACCUCUAGUCUGAACCCUUCCACCAGGAGAGUCCGGCAGAUCAAUGCCAGCUCUGGUUCUUCCGAUUCAAUCCCUGCCUUUUCGAUCCCCGUGCCCAUCACCAUCCCUGUCUCUGCUCCUGCAGCCUCACCUCCACCGAGCAGCUCUGAAGCCGCCAGCAGCCCGCAGGUGUUUGACCUCCCACACUACUCACCCAUAUCUUCGUAUGAGGAGGAGAGAGAUGUCUUAGAGGAUGACGAGCUAUUAGCAGAAGAGGAGGAUGGGCAGGAGUUUGUAGAAGAACGGGAGGUGGAGAGGCAGAAACCAAACCUGCAGAAAGAGGAGGGGGAGGUGGUGAUCGAUGAGGUCGGGUUGGAGUAUCUGGAAAUCAAAGAGGAUGAAGAUGACGAUGAUGAUGACGAUGAUGAUGAUGAUGACGACGACGAGGAGGAAGAAGAUGAGGAGGAGGAUGAAGAUGACGAAGAGGAUGAAGAAGAGGAGGAGGAAGAGUAACAAUUAGUGGAUUAUAAUUAAUGAGGGCAGAACAGUGAGUCAGGACCAGGCAGAGAGCAGGUGAAGAUUUUCUAUUCUUGGUAAUCUGUGUCUCCUGACCUUAGUACUCACUUGACACAUUGACUUUUGCACAAACUUCUCAAAAGUUAAAAAAAUAUUCUGGAACAAUAUGUUUAGUGAACAUAUUUCACUCUGAUGUAACCCGUUUACUCACCUUUUCACCAGUUCCCCUCACUGGUUUGUCUUGGUUCUAGUUCAGGUUUUAUAUUCUGUAUAUCAGCAAAGGCUUGUUGUACCUCCAAGUACUGUAUCUUCACUGUAGCAUCCUGUGAGUGUGUCUGACUCACCUCCUUAAGCAACGACUCCUGAGUAACAGCAACAACACGCCCCCUGGUGGAUUAGUCAGUGAUAAACAUAAUCAGAAAUAACAUCAAAUUGAACCCUAGUUCAUUCUGGAUGUUCUGUUUUUAGACCUGAGCGUUUCCCUGUCCUUCACCUAAAAUGUCUCAUGAAUUAUGUGCACUUACAGUGGGUAUAAAAUGUUUUAUGUUUUUUAAUGUAAAAAUAAUGUUAAGCAACAGCAAAGUCAAGUGUUCAGUGAGGCCACCCAUCAACCAGGCCACUCUGCUCAGUACUCUUCCAAGAAUGCACCUCACUCCAGUCGGGUCAUCACCUCUUGACCAUUUUACCCUAAUAUUUUACCCCCGAUUCACUGCUGUGGUCUGUGAUUGUGGACUCAGUUUAACAAUACUGUAGCAGAGCUGAUUGUUUUCACAGAGAAAGAAACGUUCUAAAAUUACAUAUAUGUUUGUUCUCUUCACCUCACAAAGCCUGAGGUGUGUAGACAGUGGGUGUGUGUAAAGUUUUUAUUUCAGUUGCGUGAGCACUUGGACACAUGCUGUGGAUGUCUGCCACUACAUUCAUCCAAAUACACCGGCCGUCCCUUUUGAUUAAGUUCCCUGAAAAUAUCCAUCGUCAUAUGGUGCUUCAAAAUCCAUCUUUUCAAAUGACAGUGUUUUGGAUCAACACUUUCUGUCAUGUAUCGUAUUCCUUCACCAGACGCUGCCACAUCAGCAGAUCUGAUGUCCUCCGUAAUGAAAAAACCCAUUCUAAAGAUACACCAAUGGAUGUUCUUCUAUUGAAAACAUCCUGUUCUUGCCACUGGAACAGCAGCUCCUCAUUAGUAACCACUAUGAGGAGGAAAAUGUGCCCUGCACCAUUUCAUGCCAAAAAAGAAGACGGCACUUAUGACAUCAUGGGACAGUACAACUGUAAUUAAGAGACGUGGUGUUACUAAAGCUAGCUGGAAAAAAUGAGGACACCCUGUCCUGUCCUGUGGUUGCUGAUGUUCUGGAAAGACAUGGUUUCUGUUACGCACAAAUGAGGUGGAGUGAGAAGGUAAGUCGACGUCUUCUCACUCUGAACUCUACACCAGAAAGGAAACAAGUCUUCAUCAAGAUGGACUGCAGCCAUGAUGUUUGCACUUCUGUAUGUUUGUUCACCACGUGUGUUUAUCCUUCAAGCUUUUACUAUUGUUUGUGUGUGCGUGCAUGCGUGUGUGUGCGGGUGUGUGCGUGUGUUUAUCUGCCAAUGCCUUAGAGUGUAUUUCUUUGGAGCUAUUUUUAAGGAACGGUGUGAAGCCUGUGAGAGAAAAGUCUCGCUCCGGAAGCCUUUUUACAGUCACCCAACAAGCAAUGUUUCAUUCCAGUGUAAUUAUUGCUAGAUUUCAACCAUUGACCUGUCAACUACUAUAUAAAUAUAUAUAAGAUGUUA